AUGCCAGCACUGUCCUGCCAGCAGUACCAGACCAGACUGCAGAGGUCCACAGAGUCUGAAGAAGGAACAGCCAAAGGCACGCCACAAAUACAAGGUGAUCCCCGACUCAACCUUCUGCAGUCUCAGGAUCUGCUCGUCACAAAGGCCACUCUCCCAGUGAAUUGUCCACCAUGGCCAAGCAGGAGCUUCGGACCAACGGUCGUGCAGAUCCUCAUCGGCCUGAUCCACAUCUUCUCUGCAGUCAAGCCUUGGGAGUAUUACCGAUAUUCUAUAACUGCAAUAUCAGGGUACCCGGUCUGGGGAGGCAUAUCCUUUAUUAUAUCUGGAUCCCUCUCGGUGUGUGCUGAAACGGACCCCGACCCUUGUCUGGUCAACGGCAGUGUCGGCAUGAAUGUGGUCAGCGCCAUUUUCUCUCUGGCUGGCAUCAGCAUUCAGCUUACAGAUAUGUUCAAGUACCCGCCCUACGGGGUGAUUUUCUCAGGUAGUCUCCUCCCGUUCGCCCUGCUGGAGUUCUGCCUCGCCUGUAUGGUCUCACAUUUGGGGUGCCAGGCCGUGUGCUGGAAUAAAUAUUUGUACGUCACCCCGGUUCCAUUGACUGUCGUCAACACAGUCAACGCAGCCAACACCACCAACCCGGCCGGCGCUGCCGCCAGCCCUGUCAAGCCGACUUACUGCAGUGCUUAGCUGGGUAUGCCACCCGCCCUAGUGCUGUCGCUGAUUAUUCCCAGGGCUAGAGAACACGGGACGUCUGUUUCAAUGACAAGGAGGAACCGUCACCGCAGGAUCUUCCUUCUCCCCAAGCCCUCCACGACCUUCACGCCAGCACUCAGCCGGGCCAGCACAAACAACCAUUUUUCCUUCUUUAUUCCUAAACUGCCUUCUUAUUUUUUAUUGAUGUCUUUUUAAAAUUCAUUCAUAGUCUCCUGGUGGUUCUGGGCAUCUUUUAACCUCCAUUAAAAAAUGCAGACU